AUGAGCCCGUCACUCAUCGCGCAUCAUCCGUUGCAGCGGAUGCCCAGUCCCUCCCGGGGCUUCUCUGCUCUGGUUCAUGCAACGGGCCUGGCGAGCUUUCUAUGGUCCUUCAAUUACAUGCACGAGAACCCCAACCGGGCAAAUGAGGCAUACGGCUGGCACUUCCAGUAUUUGACCGUCAUCGGCCUAAGUCUGUCGACGCUAACAUUCAUCGUUGCCUUGCUGGCCGACGUGACCCUGUCCCGGCGGCUGUUUCUGGUAAAGAAUAUGUUGUCGGUGUGUAGUGCGCCUAUGGAGGUACUGAUUAGCGUGCUGUACUGGGGCCUGCGGGUGAUCGAUGAGCGCUUAGUGCUCCCAGAUUGGGCCGUGAUCCCUUUGCAUGCCGACAUCGGCUUUCACGCUAUUCCGUCCAUCGUGAUGAUGGUGGAUCUGCUGCUGCUUUCCCCGCCGUGGACAAUUUCCGUCCUGCCCUCGCUAGGCUUAUCUGGCGCCAUUGCCUUUGGGUACUGGUUCUGGGUUGAGCAAUGCUUCUCGUACAAUGGAUGGUAUCCGUAUCCCAUAUUUGAGCAGUUGCCCACCCCAGGUCGCAUUGGUCUGUUCUCACUGAGUGCUAUUGUGAUGGCCCUGAGCACCGCCACGCUCAAGUGGUUGUACGGUCGUGUGAACGGGUUUGGCACCUCCCUAUCUCCUCGAUCUCGCCCUGGCGACAUUAGAAAGACCAAUGGCCUAUGA